AAGCUUAGAAGAAGCAGCAACAGCAGCAGAGACUCAAAGCAGAGACAACAACAAAGACAGAGCAGCCAGGAUGUCCAAGCAAGUGUACUCGGCGCAUCCAGCGCUGGCCGCUGAGCAGCUGGCAGCAGCAACAGCAACAACAACGACAGCAGCAGCAGCAGCAACAACAAUGUCGAGCAGCAGGCGAAAGAAUACGCCCAAGAAAUAUACGAUGAGAAGCUGUGCGGCACAUGCGGCAGCCGUAGUGGCAGCCAAAGCGUCAGCAACAGCAAUACCCACACCAGCAACACCAACAGCAGCAGCAGCAGCAGCAGCAACAAGCAGUGCAGUGAGAUUGGCUGAGGAUGCAAAGAAAACGCAGCCGGAGCGAACUAAUUUGGCUGCAGUGGAUGAUGAUGAUGACAUUGACUGCGAUGAUGUGGACAGUGUUAACUUUGGCCGGCCCAAUACAGAGCGGCAGCAACAGCAACAGCAGCAAACCAAAGACAAUGGCUACGAUGAGACAGAUCAUGUGCAACUGCGCCACAAGCGCCACAGACAGUUACUCGAUCGAGGGGGUGGCGGUGGUGGUGGCUCAAUGAGCGAUCUAAGCAGCGUUGUUAGCUCCGCUUCAGCCAGCACAGUCUCCUCGCCGCUUUCGACGCCCACGCGACUGCCGCAGCAGCUGCAAUUGAAGCAAAGCCAUCAUCAUCAUCAUCACCAACAUCAUCGUCAUCACUGUUGCUCGCACUCGAAGCAGCCAACGUUACCAGCAACAGCAGCAGCAGCAGCAACAACAACACAUCAGCAAUCCUCACAGCAUCAUCAUCACCACCAUCAUGUCACGACGUCAGCAGCGGCGGCGGUUGUGGCAGCCGCUGCGUCCGCUUCUUGUGGCUCCAACUCAACCAAGAGCAAGAAACUCGAUCCGCGCCACACGCCCUCGCCGUAUCGCCAACUAUUGCCCAUUGCAAUGUGCCUGCUGUCGUUUGCAUUGGUCUUUGCCACCUUGAUUGUCUACAUGGAUACGACAGAAAUCCGGCAUCAGCAAUUCCGUUUAAACAUGUCGCGCGAUUACGAGCUGAACAGCGUGGCCCAAGAUGAUCCCGCACUCAUUGCAUUCCUGCGCGAAAUCCAUAUGCGCAAGUAUACCAUGUAUAUGGCCAAAGGCGCUGUUAGCGUCGCCAGUUCUACGGGGAAAACAGCUGGAGCUGCCACGCCCGCCGGCACGGGCAAUAGCAGCGGCAGUAGCCCGCCACACAGACAAAUCAACAGCAUGGCCGAUCAGCUGGCCCACUAUGUGUCCGAUUUAGUGGGUGGAAAGCUGAAUGGAGCCGUCAUACAAUCGCUGAGCGGUCCGCUGGCGCAUCUCAUUACAGCGCCCUGGCUGAACGAGCAGCUCAACUGGAAUGGGAUACUCAUAGAGCCGGAGCCACGUUGGUAUUUCGCGUUGCGUAAACAAUUUGCGCAACGGCAGCGCCUGCAGCUGGUGCACGCCUGCGUCUCACCCAAUCCCUAUCCCAAAGAGAUUACCAUACACAACGAGGAUGUGCGCAUCAACAGUCUGCACGAUGAGGAGACCUCGUGGUUCAAUUCACGCGUCAAGUGCUUUCCGCUCUACACGAUCAUGCUGGCAUGUGAGCGCACUCAAUACGAUUUGCUCAGUCUGGGCGUCCAGGGGCAUGAGCUGGAGAUACUGCAAACGUUGCCAUUUGACAAGCUGAAAAUCAACAUCAUCUCCAUACACCUGCUGGAGGAUCAGGAGGAUGUGACCGACUAUGUGCAGAGCAUAACAAAGUUCCUAGCGGGCAAGUUCUACAAGCUGCAACGUCAAUUCGGACGCAACUAUUUCUAUCAGCGUCUCAAUGCCAGCGGCAGUCGCACGCGUAAGAAAGAUAUUCUGCUGCUAAAGACGCCGCAGCAAUAACAACAACUUAGAUUACAACAACAACAAUUAGCAGCAGCAGCAGCACAUAAAAGAAUAAAUAUGC